ACCUCGCAUAAACCAUCUGAAUCACCACUACCCACCACGAUGGAUCCGAUGAGUAUCACCGGCACCGUCCUUGCCAUCGUGCACAUCACCGGUAUAUGCCUGAAGUCGGGUAAUCAGCACCUCGGUCCCUCGCGCCACACUUCCACCACACUUCUCAGUCUCAUCCAAGAGCUUUACUGCUUUUACGGUGCUAUCCAGAGCCUCAAGACUCAUCUCACGAUCAACGAGCACGAUACCAUCCGACUUAACUCGCUGGACUGCCUGGCAGGGCCAUUAUCAGACUGCAAGCUUGCGCUAUGUCUCGUGGAAAAGCAGCUGGAAAAUGAUACGUUCUUCAAGCGGAAGCUUAUCGGUAAACAUUGCGAUAAGAAGCUGGACGAUGCUAUCAAUGUGCUGAAGAAAGGACGGGGUCUGUUUGAGACUGUUCUGUUAGCAGAUCAAAGGUAAGACCCCUGCGCGAUGUUUUCAUACUUUUCAAGGUUGCGAUUUCAUUGCACCGUCUCCGGAAGUCUUGUGCACCAACAGCCAUCUGUCGCAUGGUUUAACUUCUCGCAGGACUAUCACCACC